AUGCAUGCAGUUCAGAUUCCAAAACAUGGCGACAGCUCUAUCCUUGCGUGGGUACCCGUCAACAAGCCCACUCCGAAGCCCGAUCAAGUCCUUGUCAAGGUCUCGUAUGCUGGCGUGAACUUCAUUGACACUUAUCAACGUGGCGGACUCUACCCUCAGACCAUGCCCUUCAUUCUUGGGCGUGAGGGAUCUGGUAAGAUCGUCGAGGUUGGUCCUGAAGCCAAAGGUGACUUCAAGGUUGGAGACCGCGUCGCAUUCUUGGGCCCUGGAAGUUACGCUGAAUAUGAUGCAGUUUCUACGACCACCUUGGCAAAGCUGCCCGAUAAUAUCUCUCUGGAGCAGGGUGCAGCUCUUCUCAUCCAGGGAUUGACAGCUUGGUCCUUGGUGCGUCAGGCAUAUAAAGUUGAGAAAGGCGACUGGGUCUUGAUCCAUGCUGCCGCCGGUGGCGUCGGCCUUCUUCUCUGUCAGAUGUGCAAACUUCUAGGAGCCAAUGUCAUUGGCACAACCUCUAAUGAGACCAAGGCUAAACUUGCGAAAGAAAAUGGCGCUGACUAUGUUGUUGACUACUCAAAUGGAUACGAUGCUUUAAUUGAAAAGGUCAAUGAGCUCACGGAUAACAAGGGCGUUCAUGUGGUUCUUGAUGGUGUGGGCGCUGCCACCUUUGACGUGAGUCUGAAGGCUGUUCGUCGUCUUGGAACAGUCAUUUCGUUUGGAAACGCGAGUGGUGCCGUUCCACCGGUGAAUAUUAUGCGUCUAGCAGAGAAGAACAUCCGCCUGAUGCGCCCAACUUUGUUCCAGUACAUUACAACACGUGAAGAGUUUGAUGCUCUGACCACAGACUUGUUCAAAUUAGUGGCGGAGGGCAAGCUCAACUUUGAAAUCCACAAGAUUUACCCUAUCCAGGAUGUCAAGCAGGCUCAUGAUGAUCUGGAAGGACGCAAGACCACCGGAAAGCUCCUUCUUAAAAUUUAA